AUGGACCAUAUACCAGCUUGGAAAAGAAUCGCUAUCAAGAGCCAAGAGAGCUCCACAACCAAUGACGAUGCCACGGCUCUCCAGGUGACAACACAUUUAGCAACAGCGAAUCUGAGUAAAAGAGAGAAGAGAAAGAUCAUCAAAGGCGAAUCGGAGAGCGUUAAGAAACAGAAGACGCAUGGCAAUUCUAACAAGAAGCAAAAGAAGGACAAGGCGCCUCGUGAAGAGAGGCUUUUGAACAAAGAACAGGUAUUGAAGGAUCAGCUGCGAUAUUUGAUUGAUUUCUAUCGCGAGAAAGUUGGAGCUCUGCCGCAAGAAGUGUGGGAACAUAAACCGGUGCAAGCACAGUUAGGCGAUUUUACAAAUUCAGAAGAAGAAAAGGAUGCAAGCAGCUCGAAGCCUCAGGUCACGGAAGUAUGGAAAUUUUCCAAACAAAAACAAAACUGGCUACUGAAGCACAUCCUCGACCUUACACAAAUUCCUGCAUGUUAUGACGAGCUGCUGUAUGCUUACUUCAAAGAUCUAAAGGGUGGCUCUAAGACGGGACUCGAGAAAGCCUGUCAAGAGUGCGUGGACCGACACGAAAAAGCGCUAUUGGCGGCCCAAUCGAACUCUGAGGCCGAACAGAAUAAUGCAAGUGGGGGAGAACCUGAGGAAAAAGAUGAGAAAGCUCAAAAUACAGACGAGAAAAUCUCAACGGAUGCCGACGGACAGGCGACAAAACCCGAAGGAACUGACAAAAAAGAGGACAAAUCUGAUCCUAGCUCUGAAUCCAAGGCCGAGGAAUUACCACCAUCUGAGCACCAAGUCAAGCGUGCCCAGAAGCUACUGGAAUAUCUAAAACAAACAUGA